GCGAAUCUUGGGGGGACGGUGGCCAUGCCGGAGUCUUGGAGAGACGCAGAGGCGAGCGCGUCGGCCGCCGUCGGCCCGUCGGACUCGAGCCCCCCGGGGAAUGGCGGCGGCAAGGGCGGCAAUGGCGCGGCGAGGGGAGAGCGGGCGGGGGCGGCGGCGAAGGCGACGGCGUCGCGGGUGCCGUUCCACAAGCUGUUCGCGUUCGCGGACAAGGCGGACGCGGCGCUGAUGCUGCUGGGGACGCUGGGGGCCGUGGCCAAUGGCGCCGCGAUGCCGUUCAUGACGGUGCUGUUCGGCAACCUCAUCGACGCCUUCGGCGGCGCGCUCGGCAUCCACGACGUCGUCGAGCGGGUCUCCAUGGUCUCGCUCGAGUUCAUCUACCUCGCCAUCGCCUCCGCCGUCGCCUCCUUCGUCCAGGUGACGUGCUGGAUGAUCACCGGCGAGCGGCAGGCGGCGCGGAUACGGAACCUGUACCUCAAGACCAUCCUGAGGCAGGAGAUCGCCUUCUUCGACAAGUACACCAGCACCGGCGAGGUCGUCGGCAGGAUGUCCGGCGACACGGUGCUCAUCCAGGACGCCAUGGGCGAGAAGGUUGGCAAGUUCAUUCAGCUGGUGGUGACGUUCUUGGGCGGGUUCAUCGUCGCCUUCGCCCAGGGCUGGCUCCUCACCCUGGUCAUGAUGGCGACCAUCCCGCCGCUCGUCGUCGCGGGGGCCGUCAUGUCCAACGUCGUGGCCAAGAUGGCGUCCCUCGGCCAGGCGGCCUACGCCGAGUCGUCGGUGGUGGUGGAGCAGACCAUCGGCUCCAUCAGAACGGUUGCAUCCUUCACGGGGGAGAAGCAGGCGGUGGAGAAGUACAGCAAGUCCCUGAAAAGCGCCUACAAGUCCGGCGUCCGGGAGGGCCUCGCCGCGGGGCUCGGCAUGGGCACGGUCAUGGUGCUCCUCUUCUGCGGCUACUCGCUGGGGAUAUGGUACGGUGCCAAGCUCAUCUUGCUCAAGGGGUACACCGGCGCCAAGGUCAUGAAUGUCAUCUUCGCAGUGCUAACCGGCUCUCUAGCACUGGGGCAGGCAUCACCAAGCAUGAAAGCUUUUGCAGGUGGGCAGGCUGCUGCGUACAAAAUGUUUGAGACAAUAAACAGAAAACCAGAGAUCGAUGCAUACAGCACAACAGGAAUGAAGCUCGAUGACAUUCGAGGGGAUAUUGAGUUUAGGGAUGUAUAUUUCUCCUACCCAACUAGGCCUGAUGAGCAAAUAUUCAGAGGUUUCUCCCUUUCAAUACCUAGUGGCACAACAGUUGCAUUGGUUGGUCAGAGUGGGAGUGGUAAAUCAACAGUUAUCAGCCUAAUUGAAAGGUUUUACGACCCACAGCUUGGUAAUGUUCUCAUAGAUGGUGUGAAUCUCAAAGAAUUCCAGCUUAGGUGGAUCAGAAGUAAAAUCGGCCUUGUCAGCCAAGAACCAGUCCUAUUUGCUGCUAGCAUAAAGGAAAACAUAGCUUAUGGCAAAGACAACGCGACCGAUCAAGAAAUUAGGGCUGUAGCUGAGCUUGCUAAUGCCUCUAAAUUCAUAGAUAAAAUGCCUCAGGGUCUUGAUACUUCAGUUGGUGAGCAUGGGACACAGCUUUCUGGUGGGCAGAAGCAAAGAAUUGCCAUAGCAAGAGCAAUCUUAAAAGAUCCAAGGAUCCUACUGUUGGAUGAAGCUACAAGCGCUCUGGAUGCUGAGUCUGAGAGGAUUGUGCAAGAAGCUCUUGACAGGGUCAUGACUAACAGAACAACUGUCAUAGUUGCACACCGUUUGAGCACAGUUAGAAAUGCUGACACCAUUGCUGUCAUUCAUCAAGGAACAUUAGUGGAAAAGGGUCCACACCAUGAGCUUCUAAAGGAUCCUGAGGGAGCUUACAGCCAACUGAUAAGGCUGCAGGAAGCAAAUCGGCAGGACAAAUCUGACCGGAAGGGUGACUCUGGAGCUCGUUCAGGCAAACAAUUGUCUAUAAAUCAGUCUGCUAGCCGCAGUCGGAGGUCAUCCCGUGAUAACAGCCACCAUUCAUUCUCUGUACCAUUUGGUAUGCCCUUAGGGAUCGAUAUUCAGGAUGGUUCAUCUGAUAAACUAUGUGAUGAGAUGCCACAGGAUGUGCCUCUAAGUCGUCUUGCCUCUCUGAACAAACCAGAAAUUCCAGUCCUCAUACUGGGUUCUGUUGCAUCAGUCAUCAGUGGAGUAAUCUUCCCUAUCUUUGCUAUACUACUGUCAAAUGUGAUCAAAGCAUUCUAUGAGCCCCCUCAUCUGCUGAGGAAAGAUUCACAGUUCUGGUCAUCCAUGUUCUUGGUGUUUGGCGCAGUAUACUUUUUGUCACUUCCAGUCAGUUCGUACCUUUUCUCUAUAGCUGGUUGCAGGUUGAUCAAAAGGAUAAGACUGAUGACAUUUGAGAAGGUGGUAAAUAUGGAGAUCGAAUGGUUUGAUCACCCAGAAAACUCAAGUGGAGCAAUUGGUGCAAGGCUAUCAGCUGAUGCAGCUAAAGUUAGGGGACUUGUGGGUGAUGCACUUCAAUUAGUUGUACAAAACACAACAACUUUGAUAGCUGGUUUAGUCAUUGCCUUUGUAUCAAACUGGGAAUUAUCACUCAUCAUCUUAGCUUUAAUACCACUCAUUGGUCUAAAUGGAUGGAUCCAGAUGAAGUUCAUUCAGGGUUUCAGUGCAGAUGCGAAGAUGAUGUAUGAGGAGGCAAGUCAAGUGGCAAAUGAUGCAGUAAGCAGUAUAAGAACCGUAGUCUCCUUCUCAGCAGAAGAAAAGGUUAUGGAUUUGUAUAAGAAGAAAUGUGAAGGUCCCUUAAGGACAGGAAUUAGAACAGGGAUUAUAAGUGGGAUUGGGUUUGGUGUUUCCUUUUUCUUGCUAUUUGGUGUAUAUGCAGCUAGCUUUUAUGCUGGCGCUCGGCUUGUUGAGGAAAACAAGACAACGUUUCCUAAAGUUUUCAGGGUUUUUCUUGCUCUUGCUAUGGCAGCAAUUGGGGUGUCACAAUCAAGUACACUUACAUCGGAUUCUUCCAAAGCAAAAUCAGCUGUAUCUUCGAUAUUUGCAAUUGUGGAUCGUAAGUCUAGGAUAGACCCAAGUGAGGAUGCAGGGGUAACUGUCGAAACACUGCACGGCAAUAUUGAGUUCCAGCAUGUUAGCUUCAGGUAUCCUACCAGGCCAGAUGUUGAGAUAUUCCGAGACUUGUGCUUGACAAUUCAUUCUGGGAAGACUGUUGCACUUGUUGGGGAGAGUGGCAGUGGAAAAUCAACGGCAAUUUCAUUGCUUCAGAGGUUUUAUGAUCCUGACGUAGGGCAUAUACUGCUAGAUGGUGUGGACAUUCAGAAGUUUCAGCUAAAGUGGUUGAGGCAACAAAUGGGCCUGGUGAGUCAAGAACCAGCCCUCUUCAACGACACUGUACGAGCAAAUAUUGCUUAUGGGAAGGAGGGACAAGCAACAGAGUCGGAAAUCAUUGAAGCCGCCAAAUUGGCAAACGCUCACAAGUUCAUUAGUUCUUCGCAUCAGGGGUAUGACACAAUGGUUGGAGAGCGGGGAGCUCAGUUGUCUGGAGGCCAAAAGCAGCGUAUUGCAAUCGCGCGCGCAAUUGUGAAGAAUCCUAAGAUCCUUCUGCUGGAUGAAGCAACCAGUGCACUGGAUGCCGAAUCCGAGAGGGUGGUUCAAGACGCACUGGACAGAGUGAUGGUCAACCGGACAACCGUGAUCGUGGCUCACCGUUUGACCACGAUACAAAACGCAGAUUUGAUCGCGGUCGUCAAGAAUGGAGUGAUCAUCGAGAAGGGAAAGCACGAUACCUUGAUGAACAUCAAGGAUGGCGCCUACGCCUCCCUCGUCGCCCUUCAUUCAGCAGCCUCUUCAUAGCAGGUAGUAAGGCUCCUGCAAAGUGUCUGCUGAAUAUAUAUUAACAGAACUGGCACGCUGUGUAAUACUGCAGGUGCUAGUCUUUGUUCCUCUUUUGAUGGCAUACAUAACUGCUUAUAGCCAAGAGGGAAUGGAUAUACAGAAUAGUAAGGACCAAAUGUAAAUGCAACAAGUUGGUCCUUAACAUAUAUAUUUAAUUCAUAAAUAUAUAUAUAUAUAUGUAACACGGAUCAUAGAUACCAAAUAGAUGAUGAUUAUGAU